AUGUCUGUCCAAAUGAAUGACAACGCCGGGCCAGACCAGAAGCAUGAGAAGCUUGAGGCCCAGAUUAAGUCCGUGGACAUGAGCGAUGACAUGCAGCAGGAGGCUAUUGAAGUUGCUCAGGAGGCAAUGGACAAGUACUCGAUUGAGAAGGAAAUCGCACAUCACAUCAAGCGCAUCUUCGAUGAGCGCAAGGGCGCUACAUGGCACUGUAUUGUCGGCCGCAACUUCGGCAGCUUCGUCACGCAUGAGACCAAGCACUUCAUCUACUUCUACCUGGGACACUGCGCGAUUCUCCUCUUCAAGACCCAGUAG